UAAUUCUAAUAAAAAGAACAACCAAAAAUUUUCUUCAAAUCAAAGAAACUUUUCUUUACUCGUACGCACAAAUUUCUUUGAUUCAAAUACAUUUUUUUUUGAACUCGAAGAAACUUUUCUCUGGGUACAUGAAAAAGAAGAUGAUAUCAUUAUCAUGAAAGUUAAUCCACAAAAUUUGAAAACAAAAUUGUAAAUGAUACAUAUGGCUGGUUUGACGGUAUGAACUUUUUAAUUAAAUUAAAUAGUACUAUUUUUAUGAUGAAAGAAAAAGAAAGAGAGAGAGAGAGAGACUCAUUUCUGCAUAGUACAAUUCAAGCUAAAGAGAAGUAAAACUUUUACUUAAUAUUGGCACAGUUCUUUUGUAAGGAACAUUUUUUUUUUUCUUUAUGCUUUUUAUAGAUCCGUCUUACUCCGCGUGUGUAGUAUGUGUAUAGACUUUCUGUUUGUUAUUUGAGUUUCUUGACUGACAAUGAUUUAAUAAUAGAUUCUAAGCACAGCGCGCACUUUGGCGUGAAAUUUUCUUCCAUACCCAGUAUCCGCUUGCCCUUGGCGGCUCUCUCACCCUACCCUACUACUUUAAUUAGUCGAAUUCGCGGCAAAGGGGCUUGAAACAACCAUUGUCCCAUCGUACAUUGACGUAAAGUGCAAGUGGUGACGGUGCGACACGCGCUUUGUGAUCAAAUCCCGACUGGCUCAAUGUACCUCAUCGUUCCGAGGCUUUGAUUAGAAUCAGUUUCUGUUUCAAACUAAUUCGAUUAGCACUGACAUUUCGGACGGAUUCGUUAGAAUGAUUUUCAACGUCGAAUACGGGUCUAUUAUACUUCUAGAACGUGUGGGUUGUUACGUGCGCGGUUAUAAUGCGGAUGAAGUGCAUAAUUACACUCCGAAAAAUUACUCACCGGAAGUAAAUAUUCGAUGAUCAUGUCGGAUCUUGUAACUGAUCUGUUAUAAUCGGUAUAAUCAUAUAAAAGGAAUUGAAAAUUGAAGUUGUCAUAAUUAUCGAUGUUUGUUCAAAUAAAACUUCAUCCGCUGUAUUGUUCGGUUAUAGAGUAUACAAUUAAACAUGUAUAAUUAAAAGAUUUUUUUAGGCGGCUACGGCGCGUCUACAUUUAAUCUGCAAACUUUCAUUUCAUCUCUCGUUAAAUCAUCAGCGUUCUCAUCUCUCGAACAUUCAUUUUCGCGCGUGCUAAAUCUGAAAUAUCGCAGCUUCCUGCCUUCGGAGUGCAACGCCUCGUAGAUCAUUCCUCACUUUUCUUACAUUUCAUUAUGCUGCGAUUCUAACGCCUGUACGACGACGAUAAUAGCGUUUCCGCGAUCGACUUGCCUUGACAGAGACAGACCGCGUGACGUAUCGCUCGCGGCUCGAGAACGAGAAUACCGAAGACGACGACGACGACGACGACGACGACGCUACGUUACGUUCUCGUUCCACGGUUUGGCCCUCGCGCCGCGCAGUCUGUCUUCGUCAGAGAGCUGUAUUUGAUGUGCGCGAGUCCGCGUGUUGUCACGUUGCACGGACCUCAGAGUCGUCGGAUUUUCUCAGGGAGAAUCUCAAUAACCCUUGCGAUUGUCGUCGUACUCCGAAUACAGCGAACGCUGAUGCCUCACGUUCACGGCGAUAUCGCGAAUAUACGGAUUAUUGCGAUAAUUCUCAUCUCGGACUCGCGUUAUCGUUCACUCCUGUCCGUGAAACUUGACACGACACUAACGUUUGCAUCAUCCGAAACGUGCUAUUAAAAAAUCAGACGUGAUGACGAGGAACUGUUAUUUCGGUCAUCAUUUAUCCUUAAAGCUCGUCGAGAAUGAAAGAGAUACAAAUAUAAAUAAUAUAUUAACGCAAUUGAAAUAAAUAAAUUUACGCAAGAACAAUAAUAAUACGUUAGUAACACGGGUGCGGUUCUCAUGGCAGUACGUCCCUGCGCUCUAAGCAGCAUAGACAUUUGACGUUUCACGAAGGUCGCGUGUUUCAGCUCUCCUUCUCCCUCUUUCUCCUUCCCUCUUUCUCACUUUGUCUCAAUACACAUGUUGUCUCUUUGUCUGCGUCUCGCCCCCAUCUUUUUCCACUUCCUUCUCCGUCUACCUCCCGCGCGGCGUUUACGCACACGUACGUACGUACGUACGUACCUUCCGACAUUUAACGAUCGUUACGCGUUCAAUUGUUCACCGCCGCCGAGAGGAGGCCACGCGCGACUUUCCGACGAGCCGAACCACUCGUUCCGCGACGAUAUUUUCUGCGGCGCGUUAUCGGCGUACGUGACAUUGAGAAUCGCCCGAGAGAGGAGAGAGAGAAUUGCAACGUAACGCAACGCGGCGUUAGCCGCCGCCGCCGCCGCCGCUGCUAUCGUAGAUACCGCGACGUCGCGAUGCGCCGCGCCGCACCGCGCCGCGGCGUCGAUCAGCUGGCGUCGCUCCGUCUCUCUCCCUCCGCAUGACGCCGGCAACGUGCACCGCUCUUCCCUUGUGCUCCAUCGUACGCGUACAUACAACCGAAUGCUAAUGGGGUGUGCAGACGCGCGUUAGACAUUUGUUUGACGCGUGGAUUGUGUGUAGAAUGUCUGGAAAACCCGUCGAAAGACCUGUACCUGAGAAGCAGACGAAUCAGGGUUGCGGGGUGCAGUUCAGACAUGGGAAGUGAGCAUUACUGCCUGAGGUGGAACAAUCAUCAGAGCAACUUGCUGGGUGUGUUCAGUCAACUGCUGGAGUCGGAGUCGCUGGUGGACGUGACACUGGCGUGCACGGAGGGACCGUCGAUACGCGCACACAAAGUAGUCCUCUCCGCGUGCUCCAGCUACUUCCAGGCCCUGUUCCUCGACCACCCGAACCGUCACCCCAUCGUUAUCCUAAAGGACGUACGUUUCGCCGAGCUACGUACCCUCGUCGACUUCAUGUACAAGGGCGAGGUAAACGUCGAGUACUGCCAGCUAUCGGCCCUCCUCAAGACAGCGGAGAGCCUCAAGGUUAAGGGUCUAGCGGACAUGACGAACAUCAACGCGGCGGUAGCAUCCAGGGAAGAACAGCAGCAGCAGCAGCAACAACAACAACAACAACAGCAGCAGCAGCAACAGCAGCAGCAACAACACACAAGCACCUCCGACACAUCGCGGGAGCAUCAUCGAGAACGAGAACGAGAACGAGAAAGAGAACGAGAACGAGAUCGAGAGAGCAUAAAAGAGACGAGCAGCAAGGAAAGGGAACGAGAGUCGAGCAUCACCAGUGGAGUGUCGUCCGGUGCCAAGGAAUGCGAGCAGCAGCAACAGCAACAACAGCAGCAGCAGCAGCAACAAUCCGGCAGCAUCGCUCAGAGCACCCCCAGCGAAACCGUGGAGGCGGUGGACAUGACGGAUUGUCCGCCGUCGCCCGCGGGGCCCGGUAGCCCGUGUCCGGGACCGCUAGCCCUCGACCGACCCAGGAGGGACUCCGAGGACGCGGCCAGCAUCGAAGAGACGAGGGCCGGCUCUCUCAGCCCGAUCUCGGUGCACAGCGGACCAUCCGACAUGAGCCUCAGCAACAACACCGGCGGCGGCGCGCCCGGUGGCGUGCUGCCGUUGAACCUGCCGCAGAGCCGGCUUCCGUCCCCGCACAGUACCGAGCCCCUCGCCGGCCCGUCUGGCUUACCCCCGGUCCAGCAAGUUCCGUUAUCGCUGAAAAAAGAAAUGGACUGGGAAAGGUCGACCGAGGAGCGCAGCGUGAGUAGCGAGAUAUCCACAGACUACAGGCUCCCGCCAGAUCCGGUCUCGCUCGCCCUCGGACUGGAAGCGGGUGGAUGGGGCGCGCUGGUGGAGCGGACGAGCGGAGGCGCCGGCGGCGGCAGCAUCCUCGGCCAUGGCGGCUUCAGCGGCCUGGCCGGAUUGGCGCGUCGCUGCGGCGUCUGCCUGGCGACGUUCCCGUCGCCGUGGCUGCUGGAGCGGCACGCGUUGCUGCAGCACGCCGGACAGACCAGCGACGACAAGCCGUUCACCUGCGAGCAGUGCGGCCAGCGUUACCGCUACCGAUCCGCCUACGUGAAGCAUCGCGAGCAGAAUCAUCGCGCGCGGCUACCGGCCGACAAGCUCUUCACCUGCGACGUGUGCGGCAUGCAGUUCAGGUAUCUUAAGUCCUAAAAGCACCGUCUCAACCACGCGCUCGAGCGGUUGCAGCGCGCGCCCGAGUCGCAGAACAGCGUCGUUGUCGUCUCGGCGCCGGCCGAGCGCAGCGAUCAGGUCUCGAGCACCGGCGAGCCGUCCCAGGUGGAGACCGGCAGCGACACCACGACGAAUCCGGGCGACGCCGAGGAGAUGCGCGGCGUAUUCUCCGAGAGCGCUCGCGGCGACGAGAGCGUCUCGGAGACCGCGAGCGUUCACGAGAAUCCGGGCGACGCGGUGGAGGUGCAGAUGACGGAGACCACCGCCACCGGGGGAAUUGGCGGAAUUAGCGGCGGCGGCGGCGGCGGCGGCGGUGGUGGUGGUGGUGGUGGCGGCGUCGGCGGCGGCGGUACCAGCAGCGAGGCCGGCGACGUGGACGACAACGCCGUCGACGACGACCGGCACGUCAUCGAGCCGAGCGAGGCGAUGAUCAGCCUCGCGCGGAGCGUCACCCGCGAGGCUGAUCGCCGCGAGCGUCGCUUCGCCUGCCCGUUCUGCGGCAAGUGCGUCAGGUCCAAGGAGAACCUGAAGCUACACGUGCGCAAGCACACCGGCGAACGGCCGUUCGUCUGCCUGUUCUGCGGUCGCGCCUUCGGCGGCAAGAGCGACCUGACGAGGCACCUGCGCAUCCACACCGGCGAACGGCCGUACCACUGCGAGAUGUGCGGCAAGUGCUUCGCCCGAGCUGACUAUCUCUCCAAGCAUCUCACUACGCACAUCCACCAGCGCUAACGCGAUCGUAACUCGGCUCACCCGCCUCCUCGGCCACCUCGGGGCCGAAGGGCAGCAACGCGACGACGUGCCUCCUACUCUCCGGCACGUCCCUCCGCGCGUUGACGCGCCGCGGCCGUUGCGGGGCGAUUCGAGGGUUCAUCUUACGAAAAUUAUACAACGUGUAGUAUUACAUGUCAAUAACGAGAAUAGGCGAAAUUAAACGUUCUUCCUGCGCCCUCGACAGCAGGCUAUAUAUAUAUUACACAUGGAGCAAUAGCGCGAGGAAAAGGAGUUGGGUGUGGUGCGACGCGCGCGAUUUAUGUAUUUUCUCUCUCUGACAGCGCUACUCUAGAAAGACAGAAAUUCGCUCCUCUGACUCGCGAAAGUGCCGCAAGGCGGUAACGGCAAUAAUCCUUGGCGCUGUUCAGCUGAUUUCGACGCGCGCUAAAAUCCAAAUCUCUUGGAUAUCUCGAUCGCUCGCACCGUAUCGCGAGAUCGUAGCCCCGCAACGGCGCCGCUGCACAUCUUGACUGAUCGUUGCCGAGUGAAAAACCGUUUCUUCUUGCAAAGAGUGCGAGUCAGACGAAAAACCGCAGAAGGACUCCUACCGAGGGGAAGAAAGACGCAAAAAGAGAGAAAGGACCGUAUCUCUAUCCAUCGCCGCCGGCCCACACGACAAGACGCGUCAAUUAUGGAGAGAAGUAUAAGUAAAACGCGAUCCGCGCGCGAUCUCUUACUACUAUGGUCCACCAGUACGUCUCUGACGUGGUGGUUUCUGCGCUACGAUAGUGAGACUAACUUGUGAUAAAGGAUAUGAAACCAAAAGGAGAAAAUGAGGAAAGAACAGAAAAAAAAA